AUGAUUUUCAAUAUUUUGUCUUUCAUUUCUUUAGCAAUUUUUGUUGAUGCUGUUGCUUUGAAAAGCAACCCAAAGGUCAUUAGUUUUGAUUUUGAGCUAAGAUUUUCCGAUCCUAUCAAAAGAGAUACCAACUUUGGUACCGGUACUGCUGCCCCAGUAAAGGACACUCACUGGUCGUUCCCUCUUAAAAUUGGAUCAAACCAAGACCCAGUAACACUUGCAGCCGAUACUGGUAGUUGGUUAAUACAAAUCAAUGAUGCUAAUGCCACUUGUCCGAAUUGCCAUAAACACGGUACUUAUAAUUCAUCUGGCUCGCUGACCGUUGUAAAGCUGGGUAAAACAGCAAGGUCAUUUUUUACACGACUGGCAUACUACAUUGGUGAGUUAGUCAGUGAUUCUAUCCAAAUUGGAAAUUUACAAAUCCCUCAAGUAACCUUCAAUGAUGUUUAUAAUUCAACUGCGGGUGAUGGUAUUUUUGGUUUAGCAAGACCACCAUCUGACAAAAAUCAAAGUAUUGUUUGGGCUGCUAAAUACCAUGGCUUAGUUGAUAAAGCUGCUUAUUCUAUCUACUUACAAAACCUUGAUGGAACGCCAGGUGCUUUAACUGUUGGAGGUUAUGAUGCUGCUAAAGUUGACGGUGAUAUCACUUGGACAAGUAUUAGAAAUGCUAAUGUUCAAGCACAUCUUGGUCAUAUUGAAAUUAACGAAGAAAUCAUUGAUGUUAAUAAAAACUACACCAUCGAUACCGGUGGUAGGUACGGUUUCUUACCGGAAGCAGCAUAUAAUCAAGUUAUUGCUAAUUUGCCUGAAGAUCCAAAAUUUGGAGCCGACCGUGGUCAAAUUACCUGUUCAUUACUUGAAGGUAAAAACUUUACCUAUAAUUUGAAUGGUGUUGAUUACACAUUCCCUUUAAGAACUUUGUAUGUUCCUACUGAAAACACCGAUCACUGUUACCUUGCUUUGCUUAAAGGUAAUGCUGCUCAAUUAGGUGCAUACGUGUUCAGAAAUUUAUUUGUUGCCGUUGAUUUUGAAGAUGACUUAAUUGGACUUGCUAGCUUGAAAAAUACUACUGCAACAAAUAUCAGACCUUUUUAG